AAUAUAGUAUUAAGAACUUCGGGAGGGAAGGAUAAACACACACAACAUAUCCACAUUCCCUUCCAUUUCCCUCUUCAUCAAGUACUCCAAAUCUGUCCAAAAUCCGAUUGUUCUAUCAAAAAUCCUUUAAUUCUCCAAAUGAAGUCCUGGCUGCUGCUUAUAUCUCUGCUAAUUUUAAUGCUUCAUGAAGCUCAAGGCUUACGAUUGACAAGAGAAUCUGUAUCGACUAGACAUCAUCAUAAUAUUCCUCAGGAAAGUAUUCCGGACAGAAGAAUUAAUGUUGUUGUUGAAGAGGUUGUCCAUUACAAAAGUAGUCACGGUUCAGGAAGAAAUGAUAGAAAACUUAUGACCAAGACAAGUACCCAUAUUUCCAGCACUGACGCCAUGAUUAAGAAUGACAAAACUGAAGGAAAUAAAGAUCGUACCAAAUCAGAGGGCAAAUCAAGAAGUGAAAAAAUUCCUGGGAGCAAUUCAUCACCUGUAACUGAAAAACAGCAGCCUGUGGCAGAGCCUUACCCUGGCAUUUUGGACAUAGCUGGAAUGGAUUAUUCUCAAGCAAGAAGAAAACCUCCUAUACACAAUUAGAGCUAGCUACAAGGAUGAACUGGACAGAGAACAAUACGAUAGACGAGAUUUUUAUUUUUCUUUCUUUCUUUCUUUGAUGCUGUCCAAUACUAUAUAGUAUACUUUAUCUCCAGAUUUGGAAGAUAGUAGUGAUCUCCAAACUGAGAUAUCUCCCUUGGAGGGUGGUGUUACAUUGAAACUUGAUAGCGUAUGGGAUCACUGUACAAUGAAUAGAAAUAACGAACUUUGAGUUUGUCAUUCCCACGAGAAAUAAGAUAUACUAUUUAGUUCAA